AUGCAUACAAUCCUGGGGAAGAAGGAGGUCCAACAGUUUUAUCAGGUCUCCCAAAAGUACGGGCCUACCGCUCUUGUCUUGUUACUUUCUUAUCUGGCAUCCCCCGAGCCUGAAACAUUGGUUUCGCUAAUUAGUGAAGCAUCAAAAAACUAUACAAACUAUCAACUUUUUCAAGGCGAUAACAGAAUUUCACCUAAAAACCUUUACUAUGAACUGAAUGUCAACUAUACUUCUUCUGAUUACACAGAGACAUAUGAUCAAAGCCGUUUGACUCAAAGUUCGUCAGCCUUUUAUAAUCCAUGGUUUUUGCGUGGUGCUGAAGUUUAUAACUACACUUUUGAUAAUGGAACCAAGGUGACAUGUGGACUUGAGAAUAAGUGGGUUGAUACAGUGAUGCAAGCGGGCCCUGUUACUCAUAGAUUUUUCUCACCCAUUGUUCCAUUUAUUCCCCGCCCUAUUUGCCAAAUUCUUAGUGAAGAAAUGUACACUUCUAGUCCAACUGUGUCAUUUAUUACUCAACUAAACUAUUCCAGCUCACAGCCAACUAACUUCACUAAUACUUAUUUAAAUCCAGACUUUGUGGGGUAUCCGGGUGAAAACUAUACCUUGUUUAUGACGGCACCAGAUGAAAAGAAAAUCUUUGCAACAACCAUUAUGUAUGACAGUUCAUCCUAUGCCAGCUUCUCUGUGUCAACUUUAAAAAAGGAUUCUUCGGAGGUUCAGCCUAGUUAUUUUGAAGAUUCAAUUACAUUGUACAACACAAGUUUUUCUGAUCCAAUUGUUUGGUCUAUCCUUAACAAUGAUACUUCAAGUUACGCUUAUUACCCUUAUCAAACAAUUCAAACUGGCUUGGAAGAUUUUCUUGUUUCUGUGAAUAACGAAACUGAUAACAAUCCAUGCCUGGCAUUUACUGUGAUGAAAAACGAUUCGUCUUCUAGUGAAUGGUUUUCGUAUAAUACGGUUAUUAUGAGCUACCGGAACCCUGUAAAAAGUGUACUACUUACACAGCUCAAGUACCGAGUGCGAACGCUUGUUUAUGACAUUCAAACAGAUUCACCAGACCCACAACCUGUUUUAGCGGUAUAUCGAUAUUCCAACAGCAGCAUGAAUAUCCGAGUUCCAGGACGAUUUUAUUCAAUUGUGUCAAAUAUUAAAAUCAGUCCUUUUUUGUAUGGACCUCUGCAGCGUGCGACCGGUUACACUAUUGAAGGAUACGACUCGACUUUUUACUCUUACUCAGGCCGUUUAAGAUACAAUGUUCAACCUAUCAUAAUUACCAUUUGUGCAGUUGCGGGUGCUUCAAUUUUAGUAUAUUUCGUAUCUAGAACUGUAUUGAGAAAAAUUCCCCAAGGAAUCCCAUCUUAUUAUUCACUUCUCCAUGAGUACCAUGAGGGGUUAGGCCAUUCUACAUUGCCAUUAUCAUUUAUCAUUAAACCUGCAUAUGAAGGUAUGGGAUUUGAGGAUACAUUGCAAGCAAAUCAUAUUGGCGUGCUAAGCAAGGACGCUUGUUUAAAGGGGCCCAUUUCUGGAGUGAAAUAUUCAUAA